AUGACUAUCGAGAUAAGCCCUUUAACCAAGGAGGACAUUCCUGCUGUUGUUGAGAUUGUCCAAAAGGCCUUUGAGGCUGACCCUUAUUUCCUCUGGGUCUUUGAUGCGCAAAAGUUCUCGAAGGAAAGAAACGCAGCAUCCCUCACAGCCCGCUGUUUAUGGGGUAUCAACAAUGGUCUAUUCUACGUUGCCAAGGAGGUACCAUCAUCGAAUGGUGAUCAAGCAGGGUCUGUCGGACGAUCCAAGAAAGAUGCAGCUCGCAUUAUCGGCGUUGCGAUGUGGCUUCCUCCCCACCCGCCGUCCGAACGAGAAAGCUGGUACUCGUACUUCCAAUCUUGGAUCUUAACCUUUCGCCAGAUAGCAAACAAUAUCCGUUUCCGCGGGCACGGUGGUCUGAACGUCAAACGUUACUGGAUCUGGAAGGAUGCUCAAACUGCUAUUCAAAGCGCCAUCUGGGAUGACCCACGUGGCUAUUACUUUUGCAAUGUCAUUGCAGUUGCGGACGAUGCGCGCGGAAAUGGUAUUGGAAGAAAACUGGUCGAGAUUGUCACGGAUAAGGCCGAUCGGGAAGGAAUGAAGUGCUAUUUGGAAAGUUCCAGGGAUGUACCGAAUUUAGAGAUCUAUGGCCGAAUGGGGUUCAAGUUUGCGAAGGAAAUGGAGUGUCAUGAUGGGGAGGAAGUCUGCAAGGUGAGAUACAUGAACCUCUAGAUCAAGCCUUCGUGUUGCCCUCGAUGUUCGUGAAUAUGUUUAAUAUCCUCCUUUUUUAAGGCUAGGAGCUCGCAUAUUCCACCACAACAUCAUGACCCACUGGUUAGAUGCUUGCUAUCAUGUCUUUUAUUCGCUAACAUUGCUUCCAGCUUUAUUGUAUGACUCGCGAAC